GGAUUUCCCUGAGGCGCGGCGCGGGGCACACACGGUUAAUCCUCUGCGGCUGCUGUUUGGACGAAAAGCGCUGGGGGUGUCGGAAGCUCCUCGCUGCUCACAUCUGGCUGGGCUUCGCUCCUUGCGCGUCUGUCCCACUUUCUUCGUCUCUUCCUUUACUUUCGAGAAACCGCGCUUCCGCUUCUGGUCGCAGAGACCUCGGAGGCCGCGCCGGGGAGACAGAGGUGCUGUGGGGGGGGGACCUGUGGCUGCUCGUAGCGUCCCCCACCCUCCUCUUCUGCACCGUCGUCCUCCGGAAAACCUUUUCCCCUGCUCUGUCUCCUUCACCGAGUCUGUGCGUCGCCCCGGACCUGGCAGGGAGGAGGCUUGGCCGGCGGGAGAUGCUCUAAGGGCGGCGCGGGAGGAGCGGCCGGCGGGACGGAGGGCCCGGCAGGAAGAUGGGCUCCCGUGGACAGGGACUCUUGCUGGCGUACUGCCUGCUCCUGGCCUUUGCCUCUGGCCUGGUCCUGAGUCGUGUGCCCCAUGUCCAGGGGGAACAGCAGGAGUGGGAAGGGACUGAGGAGCUGCCAUCCCCUCCGGACCAUGCCGAGAGGGCUGAAGAACAACAUGAAAAAUACAGGCCCAGUCAGGACGAGGGGCUCCCUGCUUCCCGGUGCUUGCGCUGCUGUGACCCCGGUACCUCCAUGUACCCGGCGACCGCAGUGCCCCAGAUCAACAUCACUAUCUUGAAAGGGGAGAAGGGUGACCGCGGAGAUCGAGGCCUCCAAGGGAAAUAUGGCAAAACAGGCUCAGCAGGGGCCAGGGGCCACACUGGACCCAAAGGGCAGAAGGGCUCCAUGGGGGCCCCCGGGGAGCGGUGCAAGAGCCACUACGCCGCCUUCUCGGUGGGCCGGAAGAAGCCCAUGCACAGCAACCACUACUACCAGACGGUGAUCUUCGACACGGAAUUCGUGAACCUCUACGGCCACUUCAACAUGUUCACCGGCAAGUUCUACUGCUACGUGCCCGGCAUCUACUUCUUCAGCCUCAACGUGCACACCUGGAACCAGAAGGAGACGUACCUGCACAUCAUGAAGAAUGAGGAGGAGGUGGCGAUCUUGUUCGCGCAGGUGGGCGACCGCAGCAUCAUGCAAAGCCAGAGCCUGAUGCUGGAGCUGCGGGAGCAGGACCAGGUGUGGGUGCGCCUCUACAAGGGCGAACGCGAGAACGCCAUCUUCAGCGAGGAGCUGGACACCUACAUCACCUUCAGUGGCUACCUGGUCAAGCACGCCACCGAGCCCUAGCUGGCCGGCCACCUCCUUUCCUCUCGCCACCUUCCACCCCUGCGCUGUGCGGAACCCAGGGCUCGGCACCAGGCUGACCCCACCGCCUCUUCCCCCAUCCCUGGACUCCGCCUCCCUGGCUUUGGCAUUCAGUGAGACUGCCCUGCACACACGGAAAGCCAAAGCGGUCGGUGCUCCCAGAUCCCGCAGCCUCUGGAGAGAGCUGACGGCAGAUGAAAUCUCACCAGGGCGGGGCGCCCGCAAGAACCCUCAGGGACCUUCCGCUGCCCUCUCUGCACACAUCCUUAAGUGACCCUGCACAGCGAGACGCGGGUGGCGGCAGGGCGUCCCAGGGUGCGACACCGCGGCUCCAGUCCUUGGAAAUAAUUAGGCAAAUUCUAAAGAUCUCAAAAGGAGCAAAGUAAACCGUGGAGGACAAAGAAAAGCGUUGUUAUUUUUGUCCUUCCAGCCAGCCUGCUGGCUCCCGAGAGGGGUAUUUUCAGUUGAGACUCCACUUAAGAGAAGAUCCAAAGUUAAAGCCCUGGGGUCAGGGGAGGGGCUGGGGGCAGGAAACUACCUCUGGCUUAAUUCUUUUAAGCCACGUAGGAACUUUCUUGAGGGACAGGUGGACCCUGACAUCCCUGUGGCCUUGCCCAAGGGCUCAGCUGGUCUUUCGGAGUCACAGCUGUGAGGUGAUUGGGGCUGGGGCCCCAAGCAGCAGCCUCCUAAAGGGACAGCUGAGCCCCCUGCCUUGGCUCUGGGUUGGUAGAAACAGCCAAAGGGCUUCUGACAGCGGCCAGUGACCCCUGGGUCCCCCAAGCCUGCAGAUGUUUCUAUGAGGGGCAGAGCUCCUGGUACAUCUAUGUGUGGCUCUGCUCCACCCCUGUGCCACCCCAGAGCCCUGAGGUGGGGGGGUUUCCAUGCCUGCCACCCUGGCAUCGGCUUUCUGUGCCGCCUCCCACACGAAUCAGCCCCAGAAGGCCCCGGGGCCUUGGCUUCUGUUUUUUAUAAAACACCUCACACAGCACUGCAGUCUCCCAUCUCCUCGUGGGCUAAGCAUCCCUAUUUCCACAUGUGUUGUGUUGGUUGGCAGUGAGGCUGAUCCAGAUCCCUUCUGCCUCUCCACCGCCCUCAUCCAGGCCUCUGACCAGUAGCCUGAGAGGGGCUUUUUCCAGGCUUCAGAGCAGGGGAGAGCUGGAAGGGGCUGGAAAGCUCCCGUCUGCCUGUUUCUCAGGCUCCUGUGAACCUCAGUCCUGAGACCAGAGUCAAGAGGAAGUGCACGUCCCAACCACCCGUGUCAGGAUUCACUCUCAGGAGCUGGGUGGCAGGAGAGGCAAUAGCCCCGGCGGCAAUUUCAGGACCACCUGGAGCAGGGCUGCGGCAUCUCCACAGUGCUCUGGCCCUGCCCAUGGCCACCGCGUUCUCUGAUCUCCAGGAACCCCGCAGCCCCUCUCCAGCUCACCCCACGUUGAUGCCCAAGGUCACUCUUGCUACCCGCUGGACCCCAAACCCCCGCUGCCUCUCUUCCUUCCCCCCAUCCCCCACCUGGUUUUGACUAAUCCUGCUUCCCUCUCUUGGCCUGGCUGCCACGAUCUGGGGUCCAUAAGUCUCUCUCUUUAAAGAUCUUCUGCGGGUCAGACUCUGAAAGCCGAGCUCCUGUGGGCAUGCCCGGAAGCAGAGCACCACACUCGCUGCUUAAGCUCCCCCAGCUCUUUCCAGAAAACAUUAAACUCAGAAUUGUGUUUUCAGCA